GGAGGGAAAGACAACUAAAUCUUGCAGGUCCAGUUUUCUGUUCAACAAUAUCGCUCUUUGGACAGACGUGAAAGAUGCGCGUUUAGGACCCCGAGGCGUGGUAUUUUAACGCGUGGUGUGCAUCAGACCAUCACGCCUGCGUGAAAUCAGUCACAGUGUUAUUUCAGCUUCAUACGGAACUUCACAGUCACUUUCUGAGUGAGCAAACAGAAGCCGACACAAUGAGAGAACUGCAUUUCAAGGAUCAUUUUUGGAACACAGAUGUGACCAGCACAGUUGGAUAUGACAGCAUCAUCCAGCACUUGAAUGACGGCAAGAGGACGUGCAAAGAAAUCGAGGACUUCUUGAAGGCCAGAGCUGCGAUAGAAGAAAAGUAUGCCAAGGAGCUGCUGGCUUUGUCCAAGAAAGUGUGUGGAAGCAGUGAAAUGAACACCCUGAAACGGUCGCUUGAUGUUUUCAAAUUACAAACAGAAAAUGUGAGUUUGUCCCAUAUGCAUUUGGCCCAAACCAUGAGAGAAGAAGCAAAAAAGUUAGAAGACUUCAAAGAGAAACAGAAAGAGGCCCGAAAGAAGGUAGAACAGCAAAUGGAUGCUCUUCAUAAGCAGAAGGCCGCUCAAUAUAAGAAAACGGCUGAGGCGAAGAAGGCGUAUGAGCAAAAGUGUCGAGAUAAAGAGGAAGCAGAACAGAAUAUGAACAGAAACGCUACCACUAGCAGUUCCAAGCAGCAAGAAAAGCUGUAUGCCAAAACACAGCAAGCCAAGCAGACAGCAGAGGAAGCUGACAGGCUUUAUAGUCAGAAUGUGUCCUUGUUGGGCAAGAUGAGAGAGGAGUGGCUGAACGAGCAUGUCAAAGCCUGUGAGUUUCUUGAGAAACAGGAAGUGGAGAGGAUCAACAACCUGAGAAACGUUGUGUGGACCCAUCUCAACCAUCUCUCCCAGCAGUGUGUCACCAGCGAUGAGCUCUAUGAGGAAGUGAGGAAGUCACUGGAGCAAUGUAACAUUCAAGAAGACAUCGAGCAUUUUAUCAACCUCAGAAGAACCGGAGACAAACCACCAGCACCUGUUCCAUAUGAAAACUUCUACAACAAUCACAGAUCGGCUCCCACUCGUUCACUUCCCACAACAUCUGGCAGGAGAGCAGCAGCACCUCCACCAUCAACUGCAGAAAAUGAUCCUUUAUACUCAACUGUAGCAGAACCAGGGUACAGCCUAAUACGAUACUAAUAAGAUCAUGACUCGACUUUGCAAGCCCUUCUGCUGCUCAGUAGGAAUAUAGUGAAGGCAUUAGAAACUUUAGUUUUUUUUGCCUGCUUCCUCAUACCAUGUGGUGAGAAUAUACUGUUGCCUGACAUGAAGGGUGUCCUUGUCUCUUAAUAAAAAAACAUUGGUGUGAUGAGGUGGGCGGGGCCGAGAGCUGUGGGAACGGCGCGAGUUUGGUGAUGCUCAUUAUCGCUCCGCCCCCCUCAUCACAAUCAUUAACUUGCUAACCUAAAAUCCACCUUUGCAAACACCGUGAGCUUUGACACUAUUGCGUAGUCAUAAGUCAAAUCCUGAAGUUCUCACUACACUGAUGACAUCAACAAAACAACAUUGUAUAAAUAUUUGUAUUUUAUUUAGUGUAAAAAAAAAAAGUUUGAGUAAUAUAGAUAAAGAAGUUUAAAGGUGAAAUGUACAAUUUUGCACCACUCAUGGCACCAAAUGGAAUUGCAGUGUGUUUGAGCAGCCUGAUUGGGCUCAACCAAUGAGUAGAGUUUGGGGGUGGGGCUACACAUUUGGCCACCCAAUGGAAAACAAGAGAGGUCUUAUAUAAACUUUUUGUCAUUUUAAAUUCUGUUUGGUGCAGCUAGUUGUCUAGAAUUGACACGCUUCACUUUUAAAUCCGCUAAAUAAUGGCUACAAAGGUAUAAUUUAUUUCUAGUCUAAAAUUCUGCACACUGUCAAUAUACAGUCCUUCAUCACUGGAUAUAUUGCUUAAAUAAAUGUGUAUAUAUGAUUUGA